ACUUGUGUAGCUCAUACAAUCUUUCUGCCUCCCACUGAGAGCUGCUGCUGUUGCUGUUGCUGUCUUUCUCUUGAGGGGUACUGCCUCACAAAGCCAGUAAUUACGAUGUGUAACCGAUUUGUGGGAACCUGGAAACUUGUCUCCAGUGAAAACUUUGAUGAUUAUAUGAAAGAAUUGGGUGUGGGCUUAGCCACAAGGAAAAUAGGUGGCCUGGCCAAACCCAAUGUGAUCAUCAGCAUGAAAGGUGAUAUGGUUACCAUUAGGACUGAAAGCACCUUCAAAAAUACAGAGUUUUCCUUCAAACUGGGCCAGGAGUUUGAAGAAACCACAGCAGAUGACAGGAAAGUCAAGAGUGUCAUAACCUUAGAGAAAGGAUCAUUGGUUCACGUGCAGAAGUGGAAUGGUAAAGAGACUACAAUAAGGAGAAAGCUGGUGGAUGGAAAAAUGGUUGUGGAAUGUGUUAUGAAAGGCGUCGUCUGCACUAGAGUCUAUGAGAAAGCGUGAGGAAAUUCCAGCUCUACAUCAGACCAGAACUGGCCCUAGAAACCCAGCUUAAUUCAAUAAGCAAAGCUCCAUACAUUAUGCUCCUUUUAUUUUAAAUUUUCUUUUAUGAGGAAAACAACUAAUUUAUAUAGUGAUAUUUCAAAGCCAUAGUGUAACUAAUCCAAAGUAUUGUGAUAUUUAAAUAAAAGCUUCUCAACAUG